UCUUUAUUCGGCAAAUGUGACAUAACACACAAUUACCUUUCGCUGAAAGAUAUAUGCCAAUCUAAGAACUCGCCUAUACUUUCCUCGGUUCAUGCCAAGGCUGUAUUGUUAAGUUACCAGAGUGAUACUUAGGCAUUAAAAAUUAAUAUAUCAAUCGAAAAAUGUCAACUGUUGAUGACGUUCUAGAAAGUUGGGAAGAAAUUGAAGAAUCGGAAGCUCUCGAGAAAAAAUUGGAUGCCCUCCAGUUAAAUGCAGUAGAAGCAUUAGAAGAAAUAGAAUCUUCUAGCUUCAAAACCAGUCAUAACGCAACUACAAAAAUGAUAAUGCUUGGUGAUGAUGGUAUAAGAUCCCAAUAUGUACCUCCAAGACCAACAGUGAAAAUCCUGAAGAGACCCACAAGAGAUUCUCAAGGUAGCGGCGAUGGGCCGUUAGUAAACGGAGAUAAACCGAAACAGCCUAUUAAAUCCUUAAAACAGAGAGAGCAAGAGUAUGCGGAAGCGAGAAAAAGAAUUCUUGGGGAAGAAAAAAGUCCAGAGGAGAAGUUGUUACACGAAAUAAAUAGAAUACAAGCAAAAACAAUUACAUCAAGUAAUAGUGGUUUGCCAAGUAAUGUUUUACGUAUGCCUCUUGGACCAGAUGGAACACGAGGAUUCAAUGUACGCAGGUAGCGCGUCUUCCAUGGAUAAAAUUCUUCCACCCAUCAUUUUCCUCUUCUUCCAUGUCUAUGACAUGGAGAAGAGAGGCAGCUAUGAGGCUGAUGGUUGGAAACAGGUUAACGUUUCCGACCAGAUACAAGCGUGUUGCUCCGAUCGGAGCAUAAAAGCUACACUGCGGGCUGCACAGAUCAAGACUAAAAAUUGGUGAUGAUACAAAUGGUAACAUUUUGUACCAAUAUGUUAUGUUAAUGUCUGUUAUAUUUUGAAAAAAUUUUGAUUAAAAAGGAAAAUGAAAAUUUAUGGUUAUUAAACUGGGAACACAUUACGAUAUGUGAUAGAGACUGAGAAAUUUUACUUUCUAUACUUGUACAUGAUAUUUAAGCCGUUGAAAGAAAUUAUACAAUAAAUGAAUUUCUCUUUA